AUGGCCGCUGUAUUUGUUGAUGCCAUAACUGCCAAUGCUCCAAAAGCACGUGCUUUAACACCGCAAACUGCAGAAACGGAUGCAAUCAGAUUUCUUGUAGGCACUCAGUCUCUGAAGUACGAUAAUCAGAUUCACAUCAUAGAUUUUGAUGAUGAAAAUAACAUUAUUAACAAGAACGUCCUUCUGCAUCAAGUAGGAGAAAUAUGGCACAUGAGUACCAGCCCUGCAGAUAAAGGAGUUCUUGCAACUUGCUACAAUAAAAACCUGAAUCAUCUGUGCUGUUCUGAUCAUUGAAGAUGCAGGCAACUCCCCAUUCCAAAGAGCACAAUUUCUGGCAUCUCGGGAACAGUGUAAACAGAAAUCCCCCUCAUAGUCUUGAGGCUUGGAGUGAGUGCGGGAAAUCCAGAAUCCACUUGGAUAGAUCAGGAGAUUUGUAAUUAAUAAGAAAUAUACUUUGAAAUA